AGAAACAACUCGGUAGGUAGACAAACCAAUUCGACUUUGUUGAUUGUAAUUGACCGUAAAAUGUUUAAUAAUGGUAAUAAUACAUUUUUGUAAAACGGAAAUACAAGAAAAUAAUCCUUUGAAUCCUUUGAAAAGGACAAAAGAAAAAUCAGCGGAAAAUAUACUAUGAUUUGUAAAAACUGCCGUAAAACAUCAGGGAGAGACGAAAAACAUAACUGCUGCGACAGGAGCCGAAAUACAAAGUUAGAUUUAAACAAAAUAACACAAAAACAACAUGUCACAGGUAGAAGAGGAAGCAGAUAAGGACAAAAACUUAGCGACGUGUUCUGACAACUCAGAGGAACAGUUUUCUGAAGUCAAAGAGAGUCCAACUGAGGAAGAGGAGCAACAAGGAGACGAGGAGAGAAACAGUGAUCGACCUCAGGAGGAAAGGGAGGAACAACAGGAGGAAAAACAACAGGAGGAGCAAGAGGAGGAACAUGGGGAAGACAAGGAAGGACAGGACGAGGAAAGGGAGGAAGAGGAAGAAGAUGAGGAGGAUUUCCAACUACCUGCACUACUCAGGAUAAAUAUUGAAAAAUAUGAAGGAGAAACAAAAGAGGAGCUGCCUCAUGGAAAGGGCGUUGCGUGUUUUGAAGGAGGUCACAUGUUCACGGGCACAUUCAGCAAAGGACUCAUGGAUGGACAUGGUGUCUUCACAUGGUCAAAGGGCAUGAAAUAUGAGGGAGAAUUUGUGUCCAACAUGCCCAUGGGUCAGGGCACUUACACGUGGGCCAACGGCAGUUCCUACACAGGGGAAAUCUACAACGGAAAGCGACACGGAACUGGGUCCUACACCUGUAUCAAAUAUGGAGUGUCCUAUAUCGGGCAGUGGGAUCAGGGCAAAAGGCACGGACAGGGUGUGAUGUUUUUCAACGGGUCUAAGACAUCCUGGUACAAAGGAGAGUGGGUGAAGAACAGCAGACAGGGAUCUGGAGACAGAUGCUUUCCCUCUGGUAACACCUACUCUGGAGAGUGGAAGAACAAUCUCAGGCAUGGGGAGGGCACCAUGAAGUGGAUGAAGCUGGGGCAGGAGUAUGUGGGCAUGUGGCAGAACGGGGUGCAGCAUGGACUGGGAACACAUGUCUGGAUCCUGAGGAGGACAGACAUUUCCCAGUAUUCCCGGAAUAAUCGUUACACGGGGGAUUUUGUCCACGGCCAGAGGCACGGACACGGAACGUUUUUCUACGCUGGAGGUGCCGUCUAUGAAGGCGAGUGGAGGAACAAUAAGAAACAUGGGAAGGGUAAAUUCACAUUUAAGGACGGACAUGUUUUUGAAGGACAGUUUGUGGAUGAUCGUAUGACCAACAUGAACGGGAACCGAGCACUGACUCCUCUCUGUGGUGCCGUUCUUCUGUCUCGCAGUGGUUCCUCCGUCUUGGGGCCAGAUAUGACCUUGAACAUUGAACGUCUCCUGGAGAACAUCCCUGAGAAAAGGCGUCAAAACGAGCUCAAACAGGUGGAGUUUGCUGUUCUGAGGAACAACGCAGAGCUGAGGUCCAUCUACAGCUUCUACAGCAGACUGGGUUCCACCGGGUCGCCAAACAACAUCUUCCUGCUGUCGCGUCUGCAGCUGUGGCGUCUGCUGAAAGACUGUUACAUCCACCAUGACAUCACUCUGACAGAGAUCGACCGUUUAAUCAGUGUUGUUGUGUGUCUCCCAGAAGACACAGAAAAAAACAACCACUCACCUUUCACCUCCAUUCCGCUGCGUGGACUCCUGAGCUGUUUUGUCAUCAUUGCCUAUCACAUCCUAAGUGAGGACAUGGACUCUCCAAAGUACCUUCUGGCUGCCUGUCUGUCCAAACUGCUGAUAGAAGACAUCCUCCCUAAUGCCAAGAGGGUGAAAGGUUUUGUCUUUCGACUUCCUGACUGUUCAGCCACGACCAUGACAUACAUGAAGAGGUGCUGGGAGGUCUACCAUAUCUACGGCAGACUCUAUGCGGGCUCCACUGAUGACAAGAUGAUGACCUACAGACAUCUGCUGUGGCUGUACAGGGAUCUCCAUCUGUUGGACGACAAGCUGACCACAGUGAAGUUACUGAAGAUCAUCACCUUGGAGAGUCCUGAACCCAACAAUCUGACCUCCAGCCUGAGUCUGAAGAUAACAUUCCUGGAGUUCUUCGAGGUCCUGCUCGGCUCAGCUGAGGUGAAGUGUCCACAGUUCUCUCAGUCCCCAGUGGACAUGGAGCAGCCCUCAUCCAGGUCUUACACGGACAAUAGCGACCGGUCAGAGUUGGAGAGCAGCUCGUUGCUGUCGGAAGGAGAAUUCACUAACUCCGGAGAGUUUUCCAGUACACAGGAGAGUUCUAGCAGUCUACAAGAAGGCGACUCUGAAGCCCGGCGUCUGUCUGCAGAACGGAGAGAAGAACGUCAAAGGCAAAGACAGAGAGAGAGAGAAGCCAAACACCAGAUGAUCCACCAGUUCUUCAAUGACUGCUUCUUCCCUGCAGUUGAACAUCAUCAGCUGAUCACCAAAAUGAUGAAGGAAGAAGGACUAAGUUCGUAGACUUAGCAUCACUGUAGCUAAGGGGACAACAGCAGUCACUUGUCGUCCUGAGAAAACUAUUUUGUAACGUUUUAUGACAAUGAUGGUUUGUUUUCACCAAACAACCGCGACUGUAGCAGCACAGCGUUUUCCGUGCACAAUUCAAGUAAAUGUUUCUAUACAAUGAUCAAUAAUAAAGCCUGACUCAAGUCCACACACUGAGGCUCAGUGAUAACACCAGGGUUUCAGCCAUUUUCAUUUUGUCAACAUUGCUUUAGAGUUAUAUAUAUAUAUACACACACUUUUCCAACUUAAGAAAAGCUUAAGUGAUAAAAACAUCAGAUUCUUUUCUAACAUUACAUACUGACCUUUGACACUUUGGUUUAGUUCAAACAAAGCUUUUCUUAA